AUGUCUCCAGAAUUUAAAAUUUUUAAUGCAACAGAACUGUGGCAAAAAGAAACUAGCUUACCUUCAAUUCCUACAUUCAGUCAAAAAUUGGAUUAUAUUUUGGGUAGUGACGGUAUUCCAUUAGGCUCUCUCACUGAAUUACUUGGGUUACCAGGGACAGGAAAAACACAAAUGUGUUUACAAUUAUGUGCUGCUGUUCAAAUUCCAAAAGCACUUGGUGGAUUGAAUGCAGAAGCCUUAUUCAUUGAUACCAAUACAAAUUUUGUAUUAGAUAGAUUCAAGGAAAUUCUCUCUGCUUGUUUAUUGAAGUGCCAGAAGUUAUUGAAUUUGCCAAUAAAUGCAAACAAUGAAGAAGCAUUGAAAAAACUGCACUAUGUCAAUGCCUUUGGUUUAGAAAAGUUUUGUGCUUUGAUGCAUCAAUUACCAAAACUUAUAGAAGAAAAUAAUAUAAGACUUAUUGUGAUAGAUUCGAUAGCAUUUCCAUUUAAGGAAGGCAUAUCCGCAAAACAACGUACAGGUUUACUGUUUAGACAGAUGGCCGAAUUACAAAGACUUGCUGUAGAGAAGCAGAUUGCUGUAGUACUUACAAAUGAGAUGAGCACUAGGCUAGGUUUAUCUAGCGGCACGGUGGUAGGAUCACUGGGAGACGCGUGGGCACACAGAUGCAAUAUAAGGCUGCUGCUUUCUGCGCCAGACGACCCCUGCGGCGACAGGUUAGCGCUGCUGCUCAAGAGUAACAUUGCUCCAGAAGCAGUCGCGCCGUUUAAGAUUACAAAAGAAGGUAUAAGAGACGUCAAUUAA